AUGAUAUUGGUAAACGUUGGAUCUUGGCAACGUUAUAAUGUACUGUGGUUAAUCGGCUUGAGACGUCAAUAUCCAAUUUUUGAUCUGUUUGGUGUUGGAUACUACCGGAAUAUCUAUCGCUAUCUGCGUUGCAAAUCAAUAUUUAAACUGCAUAAUACGGUGAAUGAUCCGAAAUGUAUGGUUGAUACACGUGGAAGUGGAUUUGGUCUGAAAGCAUCAUCCGCUAUUGGUUUGUUAUUUGGGAGUUUUCAUUUAUCGUUGAUGCGUCCUUCGGAUAAGCGCCAAAACGUUGAUAUUGUAUGCAGUGAAGGAAAGAAAGUUGAGAAAACCUAUCAACAUUCCGAAACCAGACAGUAUUCAGAAGUGCUGAAUGACCACAAGGAGAGUUAUGUAGCACGGGUUUUGAAAACAACUGUGGAGCGAUCACUAAUAUUAUUGAUAAAGAGUGCUACGGCAAAAGUAAGAUUUGCAUUGAGAAAUUGUGGUUAUCAAUUGUCACAUGGAACAGACCACAAUGCAAAUGGAAUUGAAGAUGGUGAUGAGCAAAGAAGAAAGGGAGGAAAUAUUGCUUUAGAUGAUUUGGUUAAAAAUGCCGUUGCGCGGAAGGAAUUAAAUAAGAUCAUCAAGGUAGUCAGUAUUGGACGCGAAGAAAGUGAAAUUCGAGAUCAUCCAUUGCUUACUAUUGCUGAAUCGACAGCGCAUUAUUUGAUGAGACAGAUGGAUUACGUUGAAGCUUAG